AAUCAAUUUACAAAAUGACUGAUUUUCAAGGUUAAAAAUGCCCCAGCUGAUGCUGAUAUUGGAAAUUUAAUUAUAAUUUGUGAUAUAAAAAGUUUUAUACUGAAAUUAAAAAAAAUUCAGAGAUUUGCAACAAUCUACAGUGUAUUGAUGGUACCAGAUUCAUCAUAUAAUAUACCACAAUUUUAAUUGGUUAAAUCUAUACUCGGAGCACUUGCACUUCGGUUUUAACAGUAUUCAAAAAGUAAAAAUGCCUCGUGGUAAGCGUAGAGCAGUCCCAGAAAAUUCAAAUGAGGAGGAAAGGAGUAAUUCUAAGAGGAGAAAUACAGCUAAUACGCGACGAACAUCCAGAGUGGAAGAAACACCAAGGGAGAGUUUCAAUAGUAAAAAGUCAUUAGUAUGGUUUAGGGAAUAUACCACAGCAGAUGAGGCCAAUGUAAUUGGACCUGAUGGUAUAGAAAAAUUCUGUGAAGAUAUUGGUGUAGAACCAGAAAAUAUUUUGAUGUUAAUAAUUGCAUAUAAAAUGCAAGCUAGACGUAUGGGAUUUUUCACCAAAGAGGAAUGGCUGAAGGGAUUCAGUGACCUUCAUUGUGAUUCUGUACAGAAACUACAAUCCAAAUUCGAUUACUUGCGAUCAUUAUUGAACGAUCCCAACACAUUCAAAGCAAUCUACAGAUAUGCAUAUGAUUUUGCUAGAGAUAAGGACCAAAGAAGUAUGGACUUAGAAACAGCAAAAGCAAUGUUGCAAUUGUUAUUAGGUCGAACCUGGUCUUUGUAUGUUCAUUUUAGUCAGUUCCUUGAUCAGUCUAAGUACAAAGUAAUAAAUAAAGAUCAGUGGUGUAAUAUUCUUGAGUUUUCGAAAACCAUAUCCAUUGAUCUAUCAAAUUAUGAUGUGGAUGGAGCAUGGCCAGUUAUGUUGGAUGAAUUUGUGGAGUGGUUACGAGAAAAUAGAAUGAAGUCACCCAAAAGUUGAGGUUGAAUUUGAAUAAACAAAAACUAGUUUACAUCAUUAAAUUUGAAUCCACAUUUUGUGAGUCUUUCAAGUAACCAGUGAUUUUGGAUUUAAGCUAGGAGUACAGAAUCUUAUAUAGAAAACAUUCAAUUUCCUGAAAAUGUAUUUACGGAAUCGAAUGCUAUCCUUAUUUAUUAUUUGUUUUUUUUAUGGAUUUCUAUGACAAACCGUUUUGUGAUAUUUGGCCCUCUUAACAGAAACAUUCUUUAGAAAAAUAUAUCAUAUUUUCAAUAUAGCAACUUUAAACUGUUAACUUUUCAAAUUGUGCAUAUUCAUUUUUUCAUGCUUUUUGUUUUGAAUGUGGUAAUCUUUAACCAAAUGUUCACUUGAGUAGUGUAUAAACAAUUCUACAAGGGGAUAUGGAGGCGAUAAUAUAAAAAAAAAAUACUUAGGCGGAGUGAUUUAAGUUGGCACCCGAUUCAAAUUAAUCAUUAACAAAUUACACAAUUUUACAUCUACAUCAUUGUUCAAUACCUCCAUUUUUUUUCAGUUUUCAUUUGGUCAAUUAUAUUUAUUUUUUUUUUAACACAAAUUAAAGAUUUUGGAUUUUUCCUAAAAAGUAGAAAAUGUAAAAAAUAAUCAGCAUGAAAUUUCAGAUAUAUUCUCCUCUUGAAACUUUUCCUCUCCUCCUCAUUAAUGUCACGAUAGGAAUAGCAAAAUUUUCAAUUUGUUAAAAUAUGGGACCAUACAAGCUGUCUGUUAUGGUUUCAUUUACCGUUACAGUACAAGUUGUAAACCUUGAAAAUAAAAAUUAAUCCAACAUUAUGUAUUUGUAUUGAAAAGAUUUAUUCCACUCUUAUUAAGUAUUUCUGAAAUUACCUUCUUUUUAAAUUGAUAAUUUAUUGAGACUCCUUUUAAUGUUUGAACUAUUGUUUUCGUGCACCGUUGUCAUGUCUGAUACUAUCAGGAACUUGAAUGGCUUUGUUUUACAUUAAAACUGGAAAUAAUGUCUUUCAACAUUAUUUGUUUAUCAAAUUCAAGACAAUAUUAAGAUAUGUUUGUGUAACUGAACUAAAACUCGCAACAAGCUAUUGUUAAAAACCCUCAUUUGUCUUUUUCCAAUAGGAAUCACAAUAUCAAUAAUCCAAUGAAAUUUAAAUAUCGAUAUUUUGUACAGUUUUGUAUAUUCAUUUUACACUUAGAUUAAUACAAAAUAAGUUAUCUUAUUUACAAUA